AUGGCCGCGCGUCUCGGCGCUAUCGGGACUCGCGUCUGCGAAGAGAACGAAUACGAGAACUGCUGGCAGCUCAGCGGAAGCGGUGAAGCGGAAGAAGCAAUAGGAAGCUCGGGGCCGCGCUCAUUGACCUACUCGCGACAUCGGGCGCACGUGGACGCCAUUACUGGCAUUAGCAGGCUCCUCAAGCAGUCCAGGCGAAAGCAAUCGGCGAGAAUUAGGAAAUGCAUGUGUCUACCGUCCAAUUACGCUCUCGUGGAGUUCCCCGUGGUUUGGUCCGAGCUCAGGGCUAACCAGCAGCUGUGUGACGGCAUCAUAAGAUGUCCGGAGGAUCAAGUCUUCCCAGUCCAUCGCGCUAUAUUAUCUGCGGUGAGCCCCUAUUUCAAGGCCCUUUUCACCAACAGCCUGAAAGGCGGCAAAACCGAGACCACAGAAGUUGUUAUUUCCGUCCCCGGUGAAAUCUUCAGCCUGAUUCUUGAUUACGCCUAUACAGGCACCUGCAACGUAAACGCCGAUAAUGUCGAACAAUUAUUGCCGCUAGCCGAUCAGUUCGAAGUACUCGGAAUCAUCCAACUCUGUUGUCAGUUUUUGUUGCAGGAGCUACGACCAGAAAAUUGUUUAGGUAUUUUCAAAUUUGCACAACACUACUUCUGCCACGAUCUUGAGAAACAGGGACGAAAGUACAUACAUCAUCACUUCAAGCGAAUAUUGCAGGAGAGCGCGGAGUUCAAGGAUCUUCUUUGCGACGAGCUGGAAGCAAUAUUGCGCGAUGACGAGCUUAAUGUAAAAAACGAAGAAAUCGUGUUUGACGCCGUCAAGACGUGGGUCGAAACCAGAAUCGAGGAGAGACGGGUUUAUUUACCGAGGUUGCUGGAAUGUAUACGUUAUGGUCUCAUGAGUCAUAAGUAUUUCAUUAAUAACAUCGUCAACUGGAAGCUCGUUGAGAAGGAUGAAGCGUGCCAACAAAUACUAUUUCCUGUAAACGCGUAUCUAACUGAACAAGAAUUGAAACAAAAUGGGGAAAUUGAUUUGAAAAAUCCUAUUGCAAGACCUCGUGUUCCAUACGAAAUUCUCUUUGCGAUCGGCGGAUUCAAUCUUACAACUUACCUUAAUAUGAUCUUUAGAGCUGACAGAUGGUUUCUAUCAGUGAACACGGAUGUAACGCCAAGGGCUUAUCACGGACUAUGUGUCCUGAACAAUCUUAUCUACAUGAUCGGCGGAUUUGAUGGUAACGAGCACUUUAACACGGUGCGAUGUUUCGAUCCAACAACAAAAACGUGGCGAGAACGAGCCUGCAUGUAUCAUGCUAGGUGUUACGUCAGCGUUUGCACACACGGUGGCAAGAUUUAUGCUCUCGGCGGAUACAAUGGUCGCACAAGAAUGAGUUCUGGCGAACGGUACGAUCCACAGAGGAAUCAAUGGGAGAUGAUACCAUCCAUGCAUCGGCAACGAUCGGACGCGAGCGCGGCAGCCCUGCAUGAUAAGAUCUAUAUCGUUGGCGGCUUCAACGGCCAGGAAGUCCUUGACUCGGCGGAGGUCUUCGAUGUAGAGACUAGUCAGUGGACUAAUAUUGAUUCGAUGAUCAGCCCACGAUCCGGCGUCUCCUUAGUCGCUUUCCGCGAUAGUCUUUAUGCCCUUGGUGGAUUCAGCGGCGUUGCGAGGCUAAGUUCCGGAGAACGUUACACUCCAAAUCAUUCAGAUCAAUGGCACGAGAUCUCGGAGAUGUUUAGCCCACGCAGUAACUUCGCCACGGUGAUCCUCGACGAUAUGAUUUUUGUCAUCGGCGGUUACAAUGGAUCGAGUACAAUAGCGCACGUCGAGUGCUACGAUGCGGAUUACAAUGAAUGGUACGAUGCAUCUCCUAUGAAUCUUAGUCGCAGUGCACUCAGCGCCUGUGUGAUAGCCGGUUUAGCGAACGCACGAGAAUACUCCUAUCUGGGCAAAGCACGAGAUCUCGGCCAAGGCCAGGCGACAUCGAAGAAUCAGGAAAAGUCCGAUCAACCUGGCGAAGGUUCCGCCGGAACUAACGUCAUAAUCUCAGCACAGGACGAUGAGCAGACGGAUGUAAGCGAGUCGAUGCACGUUGUUGGUCCUAUCGACGGUAUGGCCGACGGUAUUGGAAAUUUCUAUGAAGAGGAAAACGGCAAUGAUGAAAAGGAGAUGCAGAGCGAGCUGUUGUACGUUGUAAACGAGCUCGACUAAAACGUCGUUAAAAAUUGAAGCGUCAGUUGGCACGAUGCAGACGUCAUAACAACACAAGUUUAUAAAUGUCGUUAAAAAUAAUAUUCUGUACAACAUACACACAUUUGAUCAAAUAGAUAUCUUUCCUGACUAACGAUACAAGAUUUGUAAAUUGAUCACUGUUAUUAUUCAAAUCAAUAAUAACAUGUGA